UCAAAGCCAAACCAUCCGAAAGCAGAGUAGCAGAGCAGAGCAUGGAAGAAUCAGAGGCAACCCUCUGGGCCAGGAAGUCGUGGGACCUACUGUGCGCCGUCCGAUCCCAGUCGCCGCUGAUCCAGUGCAUCACAAACUUCGUGUCAAUGGAUCUCAUGGCCAACACUCUCUUGUCCGCCGGUGCAUCACCGGCCAUGCUCCACAGCCUCGAAGAAAUCCCUGACUUCACGCCUCAGGUCCACGCGCUCUGCCUCAACGUCGGCACACUCUCCGCCGACUGGUUACCGGCCAUGAAGCUCUCCGCCCAACUGGCAACCAAGUCCGGUAAGCCUUGGGUCCUCGACCCCGUCGCCGCCGGCGCUUCCGGUUUCCGGUUGAAGGCUUGUUUGGAACUUGUCGAGCUUAAGCCCACUGUUAUACGAGGAAAUGCGUCCGAGAUUAUCGCCCUCUCCAACGCCACCGUGGGACCCACUAAGGGUGUGGACAGUUCCCAUGAGUCCACGGAUGCAGUAGAAUCGGCCAAGUCAUUGGCUCGAGCCAGCGGGGCUAUAGUUGCAGUUUCUGGAGCUGUGGAUAUUGUCACAGAUGGGGAGAGGGUUGUUGGGGCGCAUAAUGGGGUUGCCAUGAUGACAAAGAUUACGGCAACAGGGUGUUCUGUGACUGCUCUUGUUGCCGCCUUUGUUGCUGUUGAGAAAACACAUGUACUGGAAGCUACAGCUGCGGCAUUAUCCCUAUUUGGGAUAGCGGGAGAGAUAGGAAUGGAAAUGGCGAAUGGUCCAGCAACCUUGCGGAUUCACUUGAUAGAUUCACUCCACAGACUGGAUGAAGCGUGUGUGCUUUCUCGUGUUAAAAUCACCAGCUUGUCGUGAACAAUGAGGAGCUGUUUAUGCGGUAUGUUAAUUGCCAUUGGAUUAUUAUAAUUUUUUUUCUAUGUAGAGUUCUCAUAUACUGAGCCAUUACAUGAAUGAUAUAUAACAUACACUGUACUUUGUUGGUUGUCCCUGAAUCAUUUAGUGGCACUAUGAUAGUAAAUGUUGAAUAGCACUUCACUGAGCAUUAUUUUACUUUCUCACUUUUACCUUGUGAGAUUUAAAAAUUUUCAUA